AUGCAGGAGCUGCAUGCGAUAGUGCGGAAGGUGCUGCGUUUUCACCCUCGCAUUGUGAGCAAUUACUCUAGGCCAUCCGAUGGCGACCCCCACAGCCUGACAACAGUCGAUGUCCGUAUGGCAGAAGUGGCAGAGCUCCUCGUGACGGAACUCGUUCGUGUGUUGUCCCGUGGCUUACACGAAGGGGAAGAGUUGUGGAGUGUGCUGCAAACACUUGAGCGUGUGCCGAACAGGCUCAGUCAUGGCGACGCCAGCGGCGCAUUUGGGGCGACGCAUCACCGGCUGAAGUUUUCUGGGCAAUUAAUUUAUGUCAUCAAGUCAACCUUUGUUGAAUGUACGGCAGCCGUUCGCACCCGAGCUCUAAUUCGCCUGACACUCAAUCAGGGUGUCCUCCUCGCCGCACUGGAGCUUAUCGCCCGAUGGAAUGUGGCGGAACUUUCGGCCUUCUACUCCGACCCCGCCUCAAGUGUGCUGUGCAGCGUGGAUGGCGAGCUGUGGGACGCCUUUCUGCGCGCAUGCGCUCCCAUUGGGGGCGUGACUCUCAAGGAUAUUAUGGCCGGUGCCUCAAAGGGGGUGUCUGUAGUGAAGUUUGACAUGAAGCUGGCGCUUCCGGACUAUGUUGGGGAUGACAUUGGGUGGAGCGGCACCAACGACUGCAACACAGGUGAGGUGGUGGUGAGGGCGGGUGAAGGCAGGAGCAACCGUGACUGGGGGGCGGGAAGCGAAACUUUCCCACAAGAGUGUGGGGCGGAAGUUGGACCCGGUGCCAUUGUAAGGGUGCAGCAGAUACCCGCCCAUGGCGGCCCCGUGGAACAAAAACGACGUGCUCGUAGGCGAAAGAAGCGGACAAAGAAAGAGGAGUCACAAAAUGUGUGGUCUGAAUGUCUCGCAGAUGAAGGUGAAAACGAUGGCAGUGCAAAGGUUCACGUGCCUUUACCAUUGGUGGCGGAGUCUAUGGAUACGGCAGAUGCGAAGAAUGCAGAUCGCCUUCUUGAUCGUGCGGAGGUGCUUCUGUUGGAGCGCUGGGAGAAGCUUGCGGCCGAGAUUUCCACGCACGAGUCCUUGUUAUUUGAGCGUGAAGAUGCUGGGUAA